GCGCCGGGAGGGCUCCGGGAGCGCCGCGCCGCGCCCGCCGCCAUGUCCGACUUCGACGAGUUCGAGCGGCAGCUGAACGAGAACAAACAAGAGCGGGACAAGGAGAACCGGCACCGCAAGCGCUCCCACAGCCGCUCCCGCAGCCGCGAUCGCAAACGCCGCAGCCGCUCCCGGGACCGGCGCAACCGAGACCAGCGCAGCGUCUCCAGGGACCGCCGGCGGCGCCGGUCACCCCUGAGCCUUUCGGGCCCCCUGAGCCGCUCCCCCCGGCACGAGAAGAAGAAGAAAAUCCGCAAAUAUUGGGAUGUGCCCCCCCCCGGCUUCGAGCACAUCACCCCCAUGCAGUACAAGGCCAUGCAGGCGGCCGGGCAGAUCCCGGCCACGGCGCUGUUGCCCACCAUGACCCCGGACGGGCUGGCCGUCACCCCCACGCCCGUGCCCGUGGUGGGCAGCCAGAUGACGCGGCAGGCGCGGCGCCUCUACGUGGGCAACAUCCCCUUCGGCAUCACCGAGGAGGCGAUGAUGGAUUUCUUCAACGCUCAGAUGCGCCUGGGGGGGCUGACCCAGGCCCCCGGGAACCCCGUCCUGGCCGUGCAGAUCAACCAGGACAAGAACUUCGCCUUCCUCGAGUUCCGCUCGGUGGAUGAGACGACGCAGGCGAUGGCGUUCGACGGGAUCAUCUUCCAGGGGCAAUCCCUGAAAAUCCGCCGGCCCCACGACUACCAACCCUUGCCAGGGAUGUCUGAGAACCCCUCGGUUUAUGUACCUGGUGUGGUGUCCACGGUGGUCCCGGACUCUGCGCACAAACUCUUCAUCGGGGGCCUCCCCAAUUACCUGAACGACGACCAGGUGAAGGAGCUGCUGACGUCCUUCGGGCCGCUCAAGGCCUUUAACCUGGUCAAGGACAGCGCCACCGGGCUCAGCAAGGGCUACGCCUUCUGUGAGUACGUGGACAUCAACGUCACCGACCAGGCCAUCGCGGGGCUCAAUGGGAUGCAGCUCGGGGACAAGAAGCUGCUGGUGCAGAGGGCGAGCGUCGGCGCCAAGAACGCCACCCUGAGCACGAUCAACCAGACGCCGGUGACGCUGCAGGUGCCGGGUCUGAUGAGCUCGCAGGUGCAGAUGGGCGGUCACCCCACGGAGGUGCUGUGCCUGCUCAACAUGGUGCUGCCCGAGGAGCUGCUGGACGACGAGGAGUACGAGGAGAUCGUGGAGUACGUGCGCGACGAGUGCGGCAAGUACGGCACCGUCAAAUCCAUCGAGAUCCUGCGGCCCGUGGACGGCGUCGAGGUGCUGGGGUGCGGAAAGGUGAGAUAUUUCGUGGAAUUCACCUCGGUGUUCGACUGCCAGAAGGCCAUGCAGGGCCUGACCGGCCGCAAGUUCGCCAACCGCGUGGUGGUCACCAAGUUCUGCGACCCCGACUCGUAUCACCGCCGCGACUUCUGGUAG